GUAGAUGACUUAACACAUUUAGAGACCAGGAAGGAAGUGGAGCUGCACUGCUCGCUUGGCUCUGCAGUGGGGCGGUUGCUGCUGCAAACUCGACCUCCUUAACUCCAGGCGGUGCAGGGGGAGCAGAAAAAUGACUGCCCAGGCCCCCACCGAGCCCCCCAGGUGUUGCUUCUUCAACCUCAAGACAGCCACUAUUGCUUUAGGGAUCUUCCACAUGGUUAUGAGCAUCCUGCUGCUGAUUGAGUACUCCCUGGAGGUGGCAGGUGGGAAAGGCUUUUGCAAAGACCUGGACAAGGAUUACUACAGAAUUGCUGAUGUCAUCACCAGUUUCCUGUUGAUCAUCAUGCUCUUUGCCAUCAGCUUCAACCUCCUCCUCGGCGUGGUCAAGAAGAGGGAACGUCUCCUGAUCCCUUUCCUUGCUCUGCAAGUCAUGGACUUCCUCCUCAGCCUCUUAACAAUGUUCAGCUCCUACAUACAAGUCCCAGCAAUCAUUUCUGUGUCCUCCCUUAGCCACGUGCAGGGACACUCGAAGAUCCCAUUCCUGGCUCUGCAGCUGCUGGACUUCUGCCUGAGUAUUCUGACUCUCUGCAGCUCUUGUGUGGAGGUCCCUACCUAUUUCAGCCUCAAGUCUUCAGACAAGGAGAGCUUUUUGCCAACCCUGGAGAAGUUACCCACAGAGGAAUAUGCCAAAGUGAUGAUCACCUUCACCAUUGCAUUCAUUGCUGUCCUCUUCCUGAAGGCCUACAUGUUCAAGUGUGUCCUGAGCUGCUUUAAGUAUAUUAAAGCCAGCAAGAGGGAGGAGGUGAAAGUCGACCCACAAGCAGUUGAAAAGGCUGUGCUGCCAUCCUAUGAGGAAGCCUUAGAGUUGCCUUCCAAGGAAUCCCCACCACCCUAUGCAGCAAUCUAAGCUGCCCUCAUGGCGAGAAGACAACAUCUGCAUUGCUGUUGGUGCCUCCUACCCCUGCUGCCAGAUAGCCAGCCUCACUGAGAAGUCCUUAUCAUGCUUAUUUCAACCCAGCUCACCUUAUGAGCCUACAGAGAGUGGUGGUGAACCACUGGAGUUGGUGCCUUGUAGGGUAGCACUGGCACUUUCGACUUGGUACUACCCAGCUGCAGUGCUAAUUUUCAUCAGCUUGGCACCAGGCCCCUCAGAGGUCCCCAUCACUGGCCUCUGCCAUCUGGCUGAUGUGAAGUGUAGGCACUGGCCUGAAUCCCUUGUCAGGCUUGCUUUUUGCCAGCAAGAUGCUGUUUCUCAUCUGUCUCACAUCUAACUCACCAGCUGAGACAUUCAGGAAGUGGAAUGUGGGGAAAAGGGCGAGAACCUUUCUGCUGAGACAGCCCAGCGCUGAAGCUCUGCCAACCAGCACCUUUGACCAGGACCCUAAGGGAAAGGGAGCAGCAAAAGAAGGAAGAUUUCAAAUGUCUAUGAU